GUUGCUUCGUGUUGCAGGGGCAGCGUCCACGCUCCACGCAGUCUGCUGAGUUGCGCUUCUGUCUUGACGCUCCUCUCUGAUCCAACACAACAUCGUCAGGCGUGUGGCUCGCCCCACGCGUGAUUUCUCGAAAUCCACGCCCACGCCUCAAACUCGACUGGCUCCGUGCCGCCUUUAGCCAGCCCCACCAGCCCGUGAAGAAAUUGCUUUGGCAGACUCUCGACCCUCUGGUUCUUUCCUCUUUCGACAGGGUUCUCCGCAAACGCGAUGAACGCUGCGAACGCGCAGCCAUGGGCCGGCGCCGAGCAUUUCGACCAAAUGGACGCGACGGCCGAGCACGACUUCGGCAAUCUAAUCGACUUUGACCACCUCGACCUCGACUUCAACAUCGACUACAGCCAUGGCGCGUCUGCGCAGGACAACCAGCAGCUAACCGACUUGACCACCUCCAUCGACGUCCAGCACCUCCAGAACCCCUUCGCCCCGCAGAUAUCCCAGGAUCGUCACAAUGACGCGGCAGACACACAACAAACACAGAAUAACUUGGACAUAUCCCAGGUCGGCAACGGCUUCUUCGACUACGGCAUACCGCAGUACGGUCAGUCCAACACGUCAGCCUUCACCCAGGCGCAGGAACACGUCUAUCGCCCGCACCAUGGCGUCCCGCCCACACCCAACAGCAUCGAGAUGCACGGCGACCCGCACCGCUACCUUCGCCAGAUGGACCCCCAGCAAGCUCUCUUCGACCAGCGAUAUCACAUGCGCAAGGACGACGCAACAUUUACCCCACUGGUCUCACCCGCGGUAACCCCCCAUGAUGCGCGCUUCCAGAUACCCGACUUCACAGUACCUGGAGCAUACUUCAGCCCUCUGACAUCUCCUGCUCUGACUGCGCAAAGCCACCAGCAUGCAUAUCUGCAGUCGCAAGCCACGGCGUCAGGGAGCUCAACCGGGCACUCACCCGUCAACAUUGACAUGGACGUGCUGGGCGAACCUGCGAUGGUCCAGUCUGAGCAGAGCAGAAAAUUGAGGAGCACCCAUAGACGGAAUGUAUCCCGAACAGCCAAUGCCUCUAGCCGCGUACGGCAGUCGCCAAUUGUGAAGCCAGGCCGGCGAAGAACCACUGUAACAUCACUCGUACUGCCUAAGGAGAUCAGCGCACUCGCACAAGAAGCACAACCUGUUCGCCCGCUCUCCAAUGGUCUGGAAGUACCGCGCAAUCAGGAUCGCUCAGAGACCGAUUCAAUAUCUCCUGAGCCUAUGCUGUCAGACAUGCGACCGCCGCCUCUUCCUAGUUCUGUGACACAUUCCCCUGCGAUCCUGGCCCAGCACAACGGUCAUGGUGCUACUCCUGCCACGCCUGCGUCCCUAAUGCGCAUCCAGCCUUCACCCGAGUUCAGCACACCUCUCCAAGUACCAGCCAUGUUAGACGACCUCAUCCUACCGGAAUCCUCUCUAGAAAACCCCUCGUUGUCAUUGAUGGAGACAGCAAUUUACGAUGACGACUAUGACACCCCUCGACUGUCCGCCAGGAAAACACCGAAGAUGGGACCGCACAGUACGCCGGGUGCGGCCAUGUCUAGUAGACCCAGCCCAAUGCUCGAUCCUAUGUCAACUCCUACAAGCCCGGCUUUCUCCAUGACCUCUGGGAGGAAGACCGAUUUGAAGAUCGCUCGCAACCCAAAGAAGAGAAACAGCGUCAGUUCGAGUCUUGUGAGCCCUGCUCUCCGACCCAAGAUCUCCCCAAGUAUAAAACCUCUGCUUCCUGAUGGCGGGCAUGCAGGCGGUAUCGACACUCAUGCCCUUCUCCUAGCAUCGAAAUCUAACUACCAAAAUAUUCUUGACGGAACCACAGUUCCCGGUGUCGUGUACCCAACAUCCCUCUCCACAAACCUUACAUCGAAACGCACAUCCCACAAAAUCGCCGAACAAGGCCGUAGAAACCGUAUCAACACGGCUCUCCAGGAAAUGCAGGCCCUUCUUCCUCCCUCCUUGAAUGGAGACACAGAAGCAAAGAGCCCCGAAAUGACUGCCGCACAAUCAAACAACUCCAAAGCGGCGAAAGUGGAGAGUGCGAUUGAUUAUAUCAGGCUACUGAAGAAACAAUGUGAGGACAAAGAUAGAGCGCUCGAAGUGAAGGAGAGGGAAAUGGACGAAUUGAGGGAACAGCUUGCAGCGCUGCGACGGUGUUCGAGUGUGGGGACAAGCGGCGAAGAGGCGGAGAGGGUGGACAAGGAUGAUAACACUUGA